GCACGCAAUUGCUCUCUGCAAAACCCUAACCCUAAACCCGCUUCCCCUUUCACCGAGGAGAGCAGAUGGGGAGGUCCAGAAGGAAAUACAAGAGAUCAAGGCCUAAGGUGCGCGUCGGAUUGCCUAAGAAGCACCCAAAUGUGUUCAAGCCGGCGUUCAAUUUGCCGCCGAAGCUCCGGUCUCUCAUAGAUCCCCACUCCAAGUGGGACGAGAAGCGCAGCGUCAUCGAGAACUACAAGUCCUUGGGCUUCGUUUCGAAUCCCAACUUGCUUGGCGUGUGCUCUCGCACCCCCCACACCCUCGAAAGCGACUCUCUUCAGAUCCCGCCGCCAGUUUCCGCCGCCGCCCCUGGCCCCGACGCCGAGUUUGAGCCUCUUGAUUCCGGCAGCGAUCUAGAAGAAGAUGAUCUUAAGUCAGCCCUUGGGAAGAAACGGAGAGAUGGAAAGAGUGCACCUCCACAACCACUAACAACUAUGCAACGGGUUUGUAUUCGAAGACUUGUGGAUGCAUACGGAGAUGACUACCAGAAAAUGUUCAUGGACACAAAACUGAACAAGAUGCAGCAUUCGGUAGCAACACUGGAGAAACUAUGCAAAAGAUAUCAUUUGUACCCAGAUAAAAACCCCUUGAUUUUGGGUAGUUAGAGAGCACACAAACAUGUUGUACGAUUCAAACCAUUUGUGGUCAGCUUACAGGAAGCCAUUUUACCCAUCUAUGUCUACAUGUUCAAUGUAAAAAAAUGGGUUCAGGCAUGUGAGGUGACAUCUUUUUCUUCACGUGUCUUUGCUGAUACCAGUAUUCUACGAGUAUUUCGGCUAAGGAUGUUUUAUGGACUAUGCCAUUUUGAAUUAUUGUUGAAAUUGAAGAUUGAUAUCUUCACAAUCGAAAUUAACUACGGCUAAUGCGACUAAAUCGGAUAUAGAUGAUAAAUGGUAUGAUCUUGU